UCCCUGCCAUUCUGCCCCGCUCCUUCCCGGCAAAAGGGCUUUUCCCCUGUGAUGUCAUCCUGCCCCUCCCCUUGGCCACGUGCCGAGUCUCCUGUCUCCGCCCACUCCGGGGGGAGGGGCGUUCCUUUACUAUUGAUACAUUGAUUGAAAGAAAUACAACUACAGUAUUAAGAAACAGUGAGACGACGGUGGGGAAAAGGCCAGCGGGGAGAGAGAGAGAGAGAGAGAGGCCAACUGGCCUGGCGACGUGCCCGCCUCCUCCUCCUCCUCCUCCAUGGCGGCGGGGGGCGCGGGGCUGUGGCGGGCGGAGGCGCCGCUGGGCCGGGGCUCUUCGGCCGCCGUGUACCGGGCGCGCUGCCUGGGAGACCCUCGCGCCCCGCCGGCCGCUCUCAAGGCGUUUCUGCCGCCCGGCCGCCGCGGGGAGGGGGAGGAGGAGGAGGAGGAGGCCGAGGGCGGCGGCGGCGGCUACGGCUUCCGCAAGGAGCGCGCCGCGCUGGAGGAGCUGCGCGGCCACCGCAGCAUCGUGACCCUGUACGGUGUGUUCACCGACUACCCUUCUGCCCAAGGCCCAUCGUGCUGCCUCUUGUUGGAGUUGCUGGACAUCAGCGUGUCAGAGCUGCUGGCGCACUCCAGCGUGCAUGGCUGCUCCAUGUGGAUCACCCAGCACUGUGCGCGAGACGUCCUGGAAGGCCUUGCCUUCCUCCACCACAGAGGCUAUGUGCAUGCAGACCUGAAGCCGCGCAACAUCCUGUGGAGUGCGGAGGAGGAGGGCUUCAAGCUCAUUGACUUUGGACUCAGCUUCAAGGAGGGAAUUCAGGAUGUGAAGUACAUUCAGACAGACGGGUACCGCGCUCCUGAGGCUGAGCUGCAGAACCGCCUCUCCAAGGCGGGAGUCCAAGGCGGGGUGGAAUGCACUUCUGCUAUUGAUCUCUGGAGCCUUGGAAUAGUAUUACUGGAGAUGUUUUCAGGAAUGAAACUAAAACAUACUGUCCAAUCUCAGGAGUGGAGGGCAAAUAGUUCUGCCAUUAUUGAGCGCAUUUUCGCCAGCAAAAGUGUAGUGAAUUCUGCCAUCCCUACCUAUCACCUCAGAGACCUUCUCAAAAGCAUGCUUCACGAGGACCCACAGGAAAGAGCCACUGCAGCAAAGGCCUUGUGCAGCCCUUUCUUCAGCAUUGCUUUCGCCCCCCAUAUUGAAGAUCUGGUGAUGCUUCCAACUCCAGUGCUAAGACUGCUAAAUAUUUUGAGCGAAACUUCUCUCCAAAGUGAAGAAGAAUUUGAAGAUAUCGUGGAUGACAUAAGAGAAGAAUGUUGCAAAUAUGGACGGGUUGUGUCCUUGUUUGUUCCGAAGGAAAAUCCAGGCAAAGGCCAUGUCUUUGUUGAGUAUGCAAAUGCUGCAGAUUCAAAAGCUGCCCAACAAGCACUGACUGGGAAGAGUUUUGAUGGCAAGUUUGUUGUGGCUACAUUUUACCCCCUGAGUGCCUAUAAGCGAGGGGAUCUUGACCAAACCGUGCUUUAGUCUGCAGCAGCAGUCAGGAGAGACGCACGGAUCCACAGGUGCCUUGCUUUGCCAAAGUAUUUUCCAGAGACGGACUCCAUCUGUGCUCCUCCUUUCUCAUUCUGUGGUUGGCAAGAAAAAGGCCCAGGUCUUUCUGUUUUGUUGCAAUGAAAUCAGCCUCCUUCUUGCCUUUGAUUUACUCUACAGUAACCAAAAUGCUAUGAAAUGGAUGUUGGAGAUUGAAGGUGAAGAAGAAUUCAGUGUGAAAGAAAUUGAGGCACAAGGCAGUGUUGGGGGUUAUGGCACCAAACUUGGAGCUGCCAAGCAUUGAAUGGUGGCAUGGAGGGGUGCUGGUGUCUGAAAGAGUCCGUGGAGCAACUCCGGAGUUCUUUGUGCCACAAGCAGAGAAGCAGCAGAAUGUGCUAUAGAGGACAUGCACCCGGAUGAAACUUUUAAUCUGCAGUCACUGUCCUGCCUUCAAACAAUUUUAUGGGGAGUACAGAAAACAUGGUCAGCCCGUUGUACUCCUCCCAUGUUUUCCCAGCACUUCCUCCUCCUUGUCUUCUUGCCUCAGAGAGUCUGUUAAGGAGGGGAAAGUGAAACAGGAGUAGAAGGGGGAAUGGAUGGCAUUUUGAGGUGCCCCUCCUUUCUCUAUUGUUUCCAGUUUUGGAGACUUUCCAAGUCCUUUCCCUUGAUCUGUGUGGGCUCUCCACCUUAAUUAAUUGCUUCUUGGAAGGAGGUUUCCCCAACCCAUACCCUUCCGUUAGGGUAGUUUUCCUUGGGGGCAAAACUACAAUGCUGUUAAAUUUGUCACUUGCAAUUUCUGGGUUUUUCCCUCAUUUUUUAGCAUUAAAUAGCAACCACUUGGAUAUCUGAUCAGAAUUUUAGCCAUGGGCAUUAACCCUUUCCUUGUGUUCCCUCUUCCACUGUGGAAAACACAGAAGGGAAGAGCUGCUCUUCCAUGUUUUGUUUGGCCUUUGAGCUUCCCCACUGAUUGCCCUCAGGGAAUCGCACACCUGCUAAAAAUAAAGUUGAAUUCAAGUGAUGUCUUCAGCAUUGCAUGUAGAUGACUAGAUCAACCAGCACCAUGAAGUUGCAUCAAACUGGGGAGGUAGGAUGUAUUUGGGGGGGGGGUGUCUUUAACUGACAAUGGAGCUUCCAGAAAAGUUUAGAAUUUGCACCUAAGAAUGGCUUUUUCUAAGGAAUUCAGCCCCUUCCCUAUAUUGCUUUCUGGAAACAAUGUGAAUAUUUUAUUGCCUGGGGCGGGGUGCAGUGCUCACACAGCCUCUGGUGUUCAAAUUUAAAGCUACAGGCAGCCUGGGUGGGUAGAAGUGGUACCCCUUUCAGCUAACACCCGCUGCUUUCGGUGGGUCUGCUAGAAUAUUUGAAUGAGAGUUAUGGUCUCUGGUCUGGCACUGGUUUCAGGGUUGUUCUUUCAAUCAUAAAAUGUACAAAAUCAAAUCAAAUACUCCAGAGUUUUCAAUAAAAUUACAGCUACUAUUUCAUAAGUUAAAUCUAUUCAUUUUAUAGCCCCAUGAAUAUCUCAGCAAGUCCCUCCCAGCUGCUAGACAAAUAUCAAAUUACACACUUAAGAUGUUGGGAUAAAGGAGCCACAGCCUGCAAUCUCUGCCCCCUUGGAGCUGAGUGUGUGCGAGGGGACAGCAGGUGUAGCCUCCUGUGAGAUUAGGGCUUCUGGACAGACAUCUGCUUGGCCCAAAGAAGUGUAUUGCCUAGGGGUGGGUUUUGAAGGUUUUUCCCCUAAAGGACUAUCAUGACUAUCUUUGCUUUGUAUGUGUCAUAAACAAUACUGAGUCUAGUUAUUUGUAGCAGGACGUACAACCAGAGAAAGAUGCUUUCUCACCAGCUGAAGGACAGUUGAGUCUUCUCCAACCACUAGGUAAUCGUGUACCAUUUGGAUUUCACUGACUUUCUUUACCUAGUAAGCUCUAGUCCAUUACCCUUAUAAAGGUGAUCACUAGAUGGAAAUCUUUUAUUUUUUCAGUUUUAAUUCUUUAUUAAAUUCUUUAAAAUACAAACAUAUGCGAGGAUAUACAAAAUCAUUACAAUAGAGAUAAGGGAAAGUAAAGAAAGAAAGAACCAAAGAAGAAGAAGAAAAGAAAAGAGGAAAAGGGAAAAAGGGGAAAGCUAUAUACAAAAAGAAACAUUUAUCUUCUUAAAUAACACUUAAAUAAAAAUCUAAUGCUGCUGAGCCAAAGCCGGUCAGUAGGUAGUCGCUUGCUGUCCAGGCCUGAAGCUAAUUUCAGAGGUUAAGGAUCAUAGAAUCCUAGAGUUGGAAGAGACCACAAGGGCCAUCCAGUCCAACCCCCUGCCAAGCAGGAAACUCCGUCAAAGCAUUCUUGACAUAUGCCUGUCAAGCCUCUGCUUAAAGACCUCCAAAGAAGGAGACUCCACCACACUCCUCGGUAGCAAAUGCCACUGUCAAACAGCUCUUACUGUCAGGAAGUUCUUCCUAAUGUUUAGGUGGAAUCUUCUUUCUUGUAGUUUGAAUCCAUUGCUCCGUGUCCGCUUCUCUGGAACAGCAGAAAACAACCUUUCUCCCUCUUCCAUAUGACAUCCUUUUAUAUAUUUGAACAUGGCUAUCAUAUCUCCCCUUAACCUUGUCUUCUCCAGGCUAAACAUACCCAGCUCCCUAAGCUGUUCCUCAUAAUGCCUUAUGAGGAACCAUUUUGGUUGCCCUCCUCUGGACACAUUCCAGCUUGUCAGUAUCCUUCUUGAACUGUGGUUCCCAGAACUGGACACAGUACUCCAGGUGAGGUCUGACCAGAGCAGAAUACAGUGGUACUAUUACUUCCCUUGAUCUAGAUGCUAUACUCCUAUUGAUGCAGCCCAGAAUUGCAUUGGCUUUUCUUCCUGGCUCUCUCUUUCAACUAACUCUCAGGCUAGCACUCUCUCUUUGCCUUUUGCUUCUGAUUCCAAACUUGCUUUCUGACAGAGUUGCUACAACUAAAAAAACAAACAAACUCGUUCUUUACAAAAGGGCAGUUUUUUCCAAGCGCAUUCCAGAGGACGCAUCGGUUGGCCUCCUCCAAAACAGGGUGCUGCCUCUCAAUGUCAUGAGCCAGGGGCACAGACCCCCCCCCCCCGGCCUGGAACUUCCACCUCCUGCCCUUCAGCUGAGAUGUUUCUCAAGUAAGCGAGUUCUGUUGGUUCCUCCUCUGUGGUUACAAGACUGCUCAGUAUUGUCAAAAGGCAAAGGCAGCCAUGUUGCUUCCUUGGGAUCCACAAUCAGAGCCAGGUGAUAUGUCAGGAAAUAUUGAGCAAGAUCUUGAGGUCUUCAGAGUUCUUGAACUUGAAUUUAGAAACGAGUUUACUAUUUUGUGACAUUUUUGUUGGUUUUCAUAAAGCUAUUGCCUUUCUGUGGAUUUCAACAUAAAGUGUUCUCCUACCUUGUCCGAAAUAAUAUGUAAAUAUUUAAAUAUUGAUAAAUGUGUAUAUACCGUAUAUUCUGGCGUAUAAGACGGCUGGGCGUAUAAGACUACCUCCAACUUUUCCAGUUAAAAUAUAGAGUUUGGGAUAUACUCGCCGUAUAAGAAAUACGACCCGGCAUAUAAGACGACCCCCGACUUUUGAGAAGAUUUUCCUGGGUUAAAAAGUAGUCUUAUACACAGGAAUAUACAGUACCCGUUUUUAUGGCACAGCCAAAGAAGAAUACAAUAAUGGGGUUUUGGAAAAUAUGGUACUGCGAACCAUGGAUCUGUGGGAAGCCAUUUGUGGGCCCUCGCUAUGACAGUGAAGACUGAGUAGCUGUCAGAUUGAAAUACAUCAUAUAGACUUGCUGAAAAGUUUUUGUUUUUACCAAUUUUACCAAUUUGCCAAAAGUUUAAAAAGAUCAAACCUCAGGGAAAGAUCUGCCUAGUUCAAGAUGAGUUACGGGAGAGAGACUGGGGGGGGGGGCGUCCCCCAGAGAAAAGAAUUGCUGGGAGCAGAAGGCCAAAGGAAGGCUUGCAUACCAGGGGAAAGAAACCAAAGAGGGAUGAGGUGGCAGGGAGAUGGUCGUGGUUCCAUCCAGAGAGGAGCUGGGAGGCCAUGGCGCUACAUCUUUUAAUGAUGUUGAGGAGUGACUUGCCAGCAUAUCUUCAGGGGCUUCGCUUGCUAAUGCUUUCCAUUGCUAGGAAAACAAGAGUGCUCAGCCUUUAGGCAAGCUUCCUUGGGAGUAAGUCCAUCCUUGUUUUCAACCACUCACCUGCUGGCAACCAGGAAUUCCACACAGGCAAAUGUUCAGACUGGUGGGGCAGAGACAGCACCCUGUCAGAGCCUCUGCAUGCAGGAGGCAAGGGGAGCGAGGCAACCACCUUGGGCAGCAGGAUCCAGCCUCCAAGGAAUGCCUUGGCCACUACUGCUGGCACUGUUCAUGGGCUCAAAAGCCCUCUGGGCAAAUGGAGAUGGCAGGCGUGGCUGAAGAGGUGCUUCUCUGUGGCCCAAGACACCCAGAAGGUGUGGAGGAAAAGACAAGGACCCUCUUCCCCAGGCCUGGAAGAGGGGAGAGAACAGGCAGCUCUUGUCCCCCGGAACAAAAACAGCCUUAAAAGUCAGGUGAGUGUGGCUCUGCCCUUCGUGGUUGUUUAUGAGCCUCUCUUGUAGCCCUGCCAAGAUUCUGAAGCCCCCAAAUAUCCCAAGCCACACUCCAUUUUCUCCUGUCACCCACAAUGAUACAUUUCCAAUGACAGACCCUCCAAGUGUCACUAUUUUCCAGGAACCGUCCGGGAUUUACAGAAGCCCUUCCGGUUUCUUAUUUGAUCCCGGAACAUCCUGCUUUUCCUUAGGACAUCCCUAUUUUCAUUGGAGAAAUGUUGGAGGCUGUGGAGUUAUGAAAACCCCCAAGCCGUCUGAAGGCAGCCCUGUAUAGGGAAGUUUUUAAAAUGUUUCAUGUUUUAUUAUAUUUUUAUGUAUGUUGGAGUGGCUGGGGCAACCCAGUGGGGAAUAAAUGAUAAAAUUACUACUACUACCACCACUACCACCACUGCUACUACUACUAUCAUUAUUGAAUAGGGCGUCCCUAUUUUCAUCUGAGAAAUUUUGCAGGGUAUGCAAUGACUGAGAAACCUCAGUCCAUCUUCUUAGCCAGUCAUAAAAACCACUGACAGUAGAUCCCAGCCCUGUCUGUCAAGGAGGGGGGAAACACUUAGGGUUUGUUUCUUUUAAUAAUAAAAAACCACCAAGGAACUUUCUAUGGAAGCCAGGCAGCAAGAUUAUUUGGUGCUUCUUCCCUGCUGCUUCCUCUGGCCACAGCCAUGUGCGCCACCAAGUGGCUGUUUGCUCCUUUGCGCCGGCUGCUGCAAGCAUGGUUCCCUUGCAAGAAGAGCAUGGAAGGGAAAGGACUUGCUGCUGUUGUCACCUCUUGGAGGGCAGAGCAGAGAGCAGGAAGAGGCUCCAUGCAAGAACUGCAGGGAAAGGGUGCAAGCAAACAAGAGAGAGAAGAGAAGAGAAGAGGAAGAGAAGAGAAGAGAAAGAGAGCUGACCCUGGAUGAGAGAGGGGGGAGCUCAAAGAGGAUCAGAGAAACCUGGGGGGUACAUUUUGUUUAACUCCUCGGUGGGCAGCAGAAUAGGGGAUCCCCAAGGAGAGGGUUCUGUUCAGUAGGGUCUCCUCCCCAGGUCCCCUUGUGGUGCUCUUGGGCCCCUCACUGCCAGGGGGAUCUUUCUCUUCCCAGAGUUCUUUGAAACAGUUUCUUUGCCAUGGGAAUCCCCGGUGCUAAUCUUGCACAUAAAAUUUAGGGGGUGAGAUUUUGAUAGCUUUUUUUUUUUUGCUAUUUCUUCCAUUUCCUGCCUGACUAAUGUGAUGGCUCUGUGACAAUAAAUAUUGAGUGGCCUGAGAGUUAAUUGGACACAAUAGAUUUGGGUGGUGAAUAUGCAAAUGCAGAGUUGCUCAUCUUUUAACCACACCAUUUUGCUUUCUGUGAAAUGGAUGUCAAAUUGCAGUAGUAAAUUUUGAAAGCACGUCAAAGUGCAAGUAGAUAAAUAGAUACCGCUCUGGCAGGAAGGUAAACGGCAUUUCCGUGCACUGCUCUGGUUCGCCAGAAGCAGCUUAGUCAUGCUGGCCACAUGUCCCGGAAGCUGUACGCUGACUCCCUCGCCAGUAAAGCGAGAUGAGCGCCACAACCCCAGAGUCGUCUGCGACUGGACCUAACUGUCAGGGGUCCCUUUACACCCUAAGGCCACCAUUUUGCAGCUGUCCACACUCCCAUGGCAGCCAUUCUGAGGAGGUGUCCACAAAACUUCCUCAGAUUUCCAAAUAUGCCCGUGAGACCCCUGACAGGACAGCCCACUGGAGAACAAACAGCUAAAGAGGGACAACUAUUUCCUGUGGUGGGCUGAAUCAAAGUUUCAUCACAUCCAUAGCUUCCUCUUUGACUCACCUUUUAAAAAAUGUCUUCUCCUCCCUUGACUCAAUAUGGCAACUUUAAGGCAUGCUAGAGCUUUUCAGAGGAUUCUGCACACCAG